GAAAGUUGUAAAACGAUUUUUUUCUCUCCAAAAAAUAUCGUCUUCGAUAGUCGCGAUGCGCGCCAUUAGAAAGUUUGAAAAGCCCCAAAUAGCCUAGUUCAGUAUAUGUUCCCCGAGGGCGAACAUACCAUUCGCCCAUGCCGUACCGCCGCGAAGCGCCGUCCGAAGCACUCAUCUCGGCCUUCCGAAGUUGAUUCCGGCUUAGGCUUAGGAGGAAGUUGACGGAGUUUUUGAACAUUGCCGGCGAGCCGUCAGUGCUUACGCCGGUUGAAAAUCAACCCACAUUUUGCACGUAAUUGUUUACGGGGUGAACAAGGAAUUGUUGGCUGCAGUUUCUCAACAACUUUAGGCAAAUAAUACGUCUGCAGAAAAAAAGUUGGUAAAUUGGAUUGUAUACAUUGUGAUAUUAAAAAAAAAAAAGAUUUAUCAACAGUUCUGUAGAAGAUUUAGAAAGUGCCGUCACGUGUUACUGGUGUCACGAAAUUAAAGAAACAAAACUUUAACUUUUUUUUUUUUGCAAUUGUGACAAAUGCAGUCGACUGGCAACGUUGAUUUCGGCCCUGCUAGCGGGCCGCAUUAUUACUUACGGUAGGGCAUCCAACAAUGGAUGCUAGUUUUUACUUUGUGCAUCCAGAUGACAGCAGUCAAGAAUUAGGUGAUCAAAUUGUGCCAAGUUCAAAAUUAACUUUAUCCCGACAAGCUCAAGAUGUGUCUCAUCUUAGUGCCCCUGUGGUAAACGUGAGUGAGAAGAACACUGCAUCAUGUUUUGGUAAUCUAGUCCUGGAAGCGAUCUCAAAAUCACCUAACCACAUCAGAAAUAGCAGGCAGGAAUCUUUUACUGCCGAUUCUCAAAGAACGGGACAUGAAAUUUCCAAAGAGCAGAGCGUAGAAAAUGCCAGUGGAGAUGAGUGUGUGAGUGAUUUCAUAAAAACAUUUGAAAGUUACCGCAAGAGUGUUUGCAACGUUUAUUUAAAUGCUGAAAACUACGGCUUUACUGAAGAUUGUUAUAACAGUACUAGAGAAGGUAUUUCCAAUAGUUUAGAGGCAGUAGUAAGUGAAUCUAAUCAGGAUCUGAGUAGAAACUCAUGGUAUUCAGAAAGUAAUCCGAACUGGCAUUUAGAUAGCAAGAAAACUUUAAAUCAAGAGGUGAAUUUUCAUUUUAGAAGUGAUAAAAGCGAAAAAUUAACAACACCCGCUACAAUGUUUAUGGCACAGAGCAGAGUGAAUAAUGGACCACAUGAAGGAAUGAUAGGGGGUGGUUUGAACAAUGGUUAUACACAAUCUGGUCAUUUUGGGAAUCCAGCGUACUUCAUGAGCCAAACGUCUGGUACCCAGUCGAUGUACAGUUACCCUGACACUUCCUGCAGAAUGGCCGUUUCCGCUUCAGAGCUCAGCCAGAACUUUAACAGAACAGCUAUAGCUUAUCAAAAUGAUCUCAGACUGAAUUAUCAUAGUCCGAAUGCAGAGUACGGUCCAAAUUUCGGCAAUAAUGGAAGUAGUUCUUGUUACAAUAACCAUUGUAAUACUGACAUGAGAAUGAGUUACAAUAACUCUAAUGGCAACUCUAUUGGAGAAAUUAAUUCGAUUAAUUACUCUGGUGUAAAUUCCAGUUAUCAUCAAGGAGGAAGUCAUUUGAAUAAUGUAUUGUAUCAUCAUUCUCAUCAGAAUGCCAAGGCUGAUUGUUCGACCGAUAUCUUCGUUAAACCUGCUGCCUUUGGUGAACAUUGUCCUAGUGUACGUCACAAAUUAGAUAGUGCUGCAUCUGUGUUGCCUUCCAGCCAAGAAGCUGUAUCUGUAAAGACAGAAAUUGUUCGUAAUCAUUGCCCAUAUACGGUCAGUGGUACAAAUAAUAAUGGGUACAAUGCUCCAGAUCAGGAGAUGUUUAUGGGAAGCGUCCCAUCUCCAGUAGCCAAAGAUGAUUGUUUCAGGCCUCGAAUUCCAUCUACCGCUGUCACCGCCUACCCGAACUCACCAUCCAUCCCAUCAUCAGCACCAGGUCUGCAGCAUGCACCACAUGGUCAUCAACAGUUCACCGAUUCCCCUAGACAACCAUGCUAUAGAAUGGGAAGUAAUGGUUCAGCAACGAACGUUAUUCCAAAUAGUAACGGUACAUAUGAGCCACUGACUCCGCCUCCUUCAGAACCUAACACGAGUCCUCCUCUUGAUGGCUUACCCAGAAAAACACCACCACCUCCAUAUCCGACUCCAUUUUCUGGGUCGAAAAAUGUCGGUGAGAUUCCUUCGCAGCCAAAGUAUAACAGAAGGAAUAAUCCAGAAUUGGAAAAACGUCGGACUCACUUUUGCAACUUCCCUGGUUGCAACAAAGUAUAUACCAAAAGUUCCCAUUUGAAAGCCCAUCAGAGGAUCCAUACAGGUGAGAAGCCUUACAAAUGUCAGUGGAGCGAAUGUGACUGGAGAUUCGCGAGAUCAGAUGAACUGACCCGCCACACGCGGAAGCACACCGGUGACAAGCCCUUCAAAUGUCGGGUGUGCGAACGGGCUUUUGCCCGGUCGGAUCAUCUCGCGCUACAUAUGAAGCGACACCAGCCUAAACUGAACCGGCCGUCCGCCGUCUCAACCGCCUGAUCAACCGUCAGCGGAUUCCGUCCACGAACUGAAGACGUCGAACCGAAACCUAGUUUCUGCCAAAAUGAGUAUCAAGUCAACAACCGUAUGGUGUGACGCAUGAAGCGGUCUUGCUUUCAGAUUUUACACGGUUUAGCUUUUAUAGAGGCAAGCUCUCCAAUGACUCGUUUACCUACAAGAAAAGAGCUAAUCAUAAGCUAGGGAACAGCUGUGUUUAAUAUAAAUGUGAACUCUUUAUGGUUCUUACCGCAGCAUCUUUUUUAGCACUAAUUUUUGGUGCUUGAAGCUGGACUGUGAAAAAUAAAUCACUGCUUUCACAUUAUCAUAUAUUGCAGAACUGAAAGUGUGUUUCAACAGGUUGAAUUCUUUAAUUAUGUUCGAAUAAGACAUUAAAGGCGAAACAACGAGCAUCCUAAAUGCUUUCAUUAAUUGUCGAUUGUCUCAGUUAUGUAAAAUGGACAGAAAACGGAGUACUUAAUGUGUUAAGUAAUACAUAGUAAUGUGUUAAGUAA